AUGAGCCACUACGACUCUGAGAACCAGGCCCCCGAGCCUAAGAAGCAGCACAACGAGGAGGGUGCUGUCACCAACGAUGCUGUCUUUGGAACCAUCACAGAGGAUGGCCCCAACUACCGUAACGUUGGCUGGCUCGGAACAUCAGUCCUCAUGAUGAAGUCCCAGAUCGGUCUGGGUGUCCUGUCCAUCCCCGCCUCCUUCGACGCCCUCGGUCUCAUCCCCGGUAUCAUCUGCAUGUUGGUCAUCGCCGUUAUCACCACCUGGUCCGACUACAUCGUCGGCAACUUCAAACGACGCCACCCUGAGGUCUACGGCAUCGACGACGCAGCUGGUCUUGUCUUCGGCCGAGUUGGCAAGGAGAUCUACGGUAUCUCCUACUCGCUCCUCACCAUCUGCAUCGCCGGUUCCGCCAUGCUCGGUAUCUCCAUCGCCUUGAACAGUCUGUCCCUGCACGGAACCUGCACUGCUGUCUUCGUCGCUGUUGCUUGCCUCAUUGCUUUCGUCACUGCCAGUAUCCGAACCCUCGACAAGGUCUCUUGGCUUGCCUGGGUCGGUCUCGUGGCCCUUGUUACAUCCAUCUUCGUCGUCACUGUCGCUGUUGGUGUUCAGGAGCGCCCCGAUCUUGCCCCCAAGGAUGGUGUUUGGAAGUCCGACUACAAGCUCUUCAACACUCCCACCUUCGCCGAGGCCAUGUCUGCCAUCGCCGCCUUCAUCUUUGCCUACUGCGGAACUCCCGUCUUCUUCCCCAUUGCUGCCGAGAUGCGUGAGCCCAAGCACUACAAGAAGGCUCUGAUCCUUUGCCAGAGUGUCGUCACCAUCGUCUACAUUGUCGUCGGUAUUGUUGUCUACUACUACUGCGGUACCUACGUUGCUUCUCCCGCUCUGGGAUCUGCUGGUAAGACCAUCAAGAGAGUCGCCUACGGACUGGCUCUUCCCGGUCUUAUUGUCUCUGCCACUCUCUACACUCACGUCCCUGCCAAGUACGUCUUUGUCCGUAUGCUCCGAGGCUCCAAGCACCUGAGUGCCAACACCUUCACCCACUGGGCCGUCUGGCUUAGCUGCACACUCGGCAUGGCCAUUAUCGCCUAUGUCAUCGCCAGUGGUAUCCCUGUCUUCGGUGGUCUCGUUUCCCUCGUCGGUGCCCUUCUCGGAACCCUGCAGUGCAUGCAGCUGUUCGGCUGCCUCUGGCUCUACGACCACUGGGCUGAGGGCAAGGACAAGUCUCAGCGCACCACUCGCUGGACCGCCAUGGUCAGCUGGUCCAUCUUCGUUAUCGUUCUCGGCACUUUCCUCAUGAUUGGUGGUACUUACGGAGCCAUCAAGGGUAUCAUCGACUCCUACGCCAUCAGCGGUGGCUCUGCUGCCUGGUCUUGUGCUGACAACUCCAACUCUACUUAA